AGUUACAUAAAGCAUGUGAAGCCCUGCACUUGACAUCUACAACAUGGGCAGUGAAAGAGAUCUCUUGUCCACAGAGAUUGUCAACCGUGGGAUAGAACCCUCAGGUCCCAACGCUGGUUCUCCUACAUUCUCUGUCAGGGUAAGGAGAAGGUUGCCGGACUUCCUUCAAUCAGUGAAACUCAAGUACGUAAAGUUGGGUUACCAUUACCUUAUCAACCAUGCCAUAUACUUGGCCACCAUACCAGUUUUGGUGCUGGUUUUUAGUGCUGAAGUGGGGAGUCUUAGAAGGGAAGAGCUAUGGAAGAAGCUCUGGGAAGAUGCUAGCUAUGAUCUUGUCAGUGUGCUUUCUUUCUUUGCUGUUUUCGUCUUUACAGUUUCUGCUUACUUCUUGUCUCGCCCAAGGUCCAUUUAUCUCCUUGAUUUCGCUUGUUAUCGCCCUCAUGACGAUCUCAAGGUGAGCAAAGAUGAGUUCAUCGACAUGGCAAGAAAGACAGGGAAGUAUGAUGAAGCAAGUCUUGAAUUCCAGAAGAAAAUUUUACAAUCAUCAGGAAUUGGAGACGAAACCUACAUUCCCAAAACACUUGUCGCAACCAUGAAGGAAGGUCGUUUGGAGGCCUCAACAGUAAUGUUUGGGGCACUUGAUGAGCUCUUUGAGAAAACCAGGGUCCGACCAAAGGACAUUGGGAUCCUUGUUGUAAACUGCAGCAACUUUAACCCAACCCCAUCCCUCUCUGCCAUGGUGAUAAAUCACUUCAAGAUGAGAAGUAACAUCCUCAGCUAUAACCUUGGUGGAAUGGGCUGCAGUGCUGGGAUUAUAGCGGUGGACCUAGCCCGUGACAUGUUGCAAGCCAACCCUAACAACUAUGCUGUGGUGGUUAGCACUGAGAUGGUGGGCUAUAACUGGUACCCUGGCCAGGAACGCUCCAUGAUUAUACCCAAUUGCUUUUUCAGGAUGGGCUGCGCCGCCGUAUUAUUGUCGAACCGGCGCCGCGACUACCCUCGUGCCAAGUAUCGCCUUGAACACAUCGUUCGGACCCAUAAAGGAGCUGAUGACCGCAGUUUCAGGUGCAUUUACCAGGAAGAAGAUGACCAAAAAUUCAAGGGAUUAAAAGUGAGCAAACAACUCAUGGAAAUAGGAGGAGAUGCACUGAAAACCAACAUCACUACACUAGGACCACUAGUGCUUCCCUUCUCAGAGCAGCUCCUCUUCUUUGCGACCUUGGUUUGGAGGCACUUAUUUGGCAAGAAAAAUGGAUCUUUAACAUCACCAUCCCCCAAGCUCUACAUCCCUGACUACAAGCUCGCAUUUGAGCACUACUGUAUGCAUGCAGCAAGCAAACCCGUGCUUGAUGAGAUACAGAGAAAUCUUGGACUGAGUGACAAGAACAUAGAGGCAUCAAGAAUGGCACUGCACAGAUUUGGGAACACUUCUAGCAGCAGUAUAUGGUAUGAGCUAGCUUAUUUGGAAGCUAAAGAGAGGGUGAAGAGAGGAGACAGGGUUUGGCAACUUGCAUUUGGGUCUGGUUUCAAGUGCAACAGCCUGGUUUGGCAAUCCAUGAGACGUGUGAAAAAGCCUUCCAGGAAUCCAUGGCUUGAUUGCAUUGACAGAUACCCUGUGACUACAUUUACAAGCUAGGAAUCCCUGGAUUUUCCUUUUCUUUUUUCUUCAUCUCUUCAGCCCAAAGUGGAUAGAUUAAAAUUAAUCCAUUUGAAGGUAAUUAAUUAAUUCCUGAUAAAUCUUAAUCAGAACUUUCUGUUAGCAAGGAUAAAGAAAGUUAUAUGUGUAUCUUUAGAUUUGAAUAAAAGGAAUUGGGAAAUUAAAUAUAUAAUGGAAGUUGCAAUUGCUGCUGGUGAAUCUAGGUUUGUGUAAAAUAACUGGGCUGUUUUUGUAAGAGUUUGUAAAACGUUUUGUUUUGCUAUAUGGUUAAAGUUGAAUGACUUUUUUUUUA